CUGCUCUGCCUUCUGGGCACUUCUGUGCUGCUCCCACCAGUCACGCACGCCGCCUCCAGGAAGAGCCGCAGGCAUUUCUACCCCCUGCUGAGACUCAGGAAACAAUACACAACCUCAGCUCCUUUUUCCUAUUCCUCUAUUCUCUCAGGUCUGUCCACCGCGAAGAGGAAGUUUGCAGACUCUCUCAACGAUUUCAAGUUCCAAUGCAUUGGAGACGCUGAGACAGACGAUGAGAUAUGCAUAGCCAAGUCGCUUCAGGAGUUUGCAGCUGUUCUACAGAACCUGGAGGAUGAAAGGACACGGAUGAUCGAAAAUGCCAAUGAUGUGCUGAUCAUGCCUCUGGAGCGGUUCAGGAAAGAGCAGAUCAGUGCAGCCAAGGAAGCCAGGAAGAAAUAUGACAAGGAGACUGAAAAAUAUUGCGCAGUACUGGAGAAGCACCUUAGCCUUUCAGCUAAAAAGAAAGAGUCCCACCUACACGAGGCAGACAACCAGGUUGAUCAUGUGAGGCAGCAUUUUUAUGAAGUGUCUCUGGAAUAUGUCUUCAAGGUGCAGGAGGUCCAAGAAAGGAAGAUGUUUGACUUUGUGGAACCCUUGCUGGCGUUUCUCCAAGGCUUGUUCACCUACUAUCACCAUGGCUACGAGCUGGCCAAGGAUUUUAACCACUUUAAGACCGAUCUUACCAUCAGUAUACAGAACACAAGGAACCGGUUUGAGAGCACACGGUCCGAGGUGGAGAGUCUGAUGAGGAAGAUGAAGGAGAACCCGCAUGAACACAAGAGUGUCAGCCAGCACACGAUGGAGGGCUAUCUGUUUGUGCUGGAGAAACGUACGUGCUCGUUUGUAUCUACUUGGGUGAAGUACUACUGCACAUAUCAUCGUGAGCCAAAGAGGGUUACCAUGGUCCUUUUUGACCCCAAAUCUGGAGGAAAAAUGGGUGACGAGGAGAACUUCACCCUGAAGUCGUGCACCAGAAGGAAGACGGACUCCAUAGAGAAAAGGUUCUGUUUUGACGUGGAGGCUGUGGACAGGCCAGGUGUGAUCACCAUGCAAGCUCUGUCAGAAGAAGACCGCAGACUGUGGAUGGAGGCUAUGGAUGGGAGAGAACCAGUAGUGGCCCAGCUGGAUGUCAUUGGAUUCAAUGUGAUGAAAAAAUUAAUCUAUGCAGUGGAGACCCGAGGUAUUGACGAGCAAGGUUUGUACAGAAUCGCCGGCGUCAACUCCAAAGUUCAAAAGCUGCUGGGUCUGGCCAUGGAUCCUAAAACGUGUGCUGAUGUGGAGCUGGAAAGUCAAGAGUGGGAGAUCAAAACAAUAACGAGUGCUAUCAAGCACUAUCUCAGAAUGUUGCCUGCACCUCUCAUGACAUACCAAUACCAGAGGAGCUUCAUCAAAGCAGCCAAGAUGGACAACCCAGAAGCCAGGGUGACUGAGGUCCAUGCUCUGGUGCACCGGCUGCCUGAGAAGAACCGACAGAUGCUGGAGCUGCUGAUGAAACACCUGGCAAAUGUGGCCAGCCACCACCAGCACAACCUGAUGACCGUCGCCAAUCUGGGCGUGGUCUUUGGGCCGACCCUGCUCCGCCCACAGGAAGAGACGGUGGCGGCCAUCAUGGACAUCAAGUUUCAGAACAUUGUCGUGGAAAUCCUGAUAGAGCACCACGAGAGGAUGUUUAGGGACAUGCCGAAUUCUGCAGGCGCUCCAGCCAACACGCCAUCCAGGAGGAAAAGCACUGAGGUCAAAGCCCCGUCCUGCAGCGAGAGGCCUCUCACACUAUUCCACACACCAACACAUUCUCAGAAAGGUGAGAAGAGGAACAGCGUGAGCAACGCCACCGUCGCUGACCUGCAGAACCCAGUUUCGUCCUCCGCCAACUGCAACAGCAGCAGCAGCAGCAGCAGCGCCGGCAGCCAGUGUCGAACGCCGCGCCACAGUCUGACCAGCAACGACGGGGAGCAGGACGGCCGGCAGGUCCGACCCAGCUCACUGUUGAACCCAAAGAGCCGUGGCAGCAUACCGGCCAGUGCCACGUCCCCCAGCCCCACCUCGCCACGCUCUCCCUCCUGGCCAAUGUUCUCUGCCCCCUCAAGUCCGCAGCCAGUGUCCUCUGCUUCCAGUGACUCCUCUCCUGUCAGCAUCGCAGGCAGAAAGGCUCUCGCACUGUACGCCUGCAAGGCAGAGCAUGACUCUGAGCUGUCCUUCAUCGCUGGGACUAUCUUUGAGAAUGUUCAUACCUCCCGGGAGCCUGGUUGGUUGGAAGGAACUCUGGAUGGUCGGACAGGACUGAUACCAGAAAACUACGUGGAGUUUCUGUAGGCCAGGCAGGAGAAAGAAAAACACCUGGACAUUUCUGGUCUCCAUAGAACCAGAUGUGACUGCACAAACGUAAAAUCUUAAAUUAUGAUGGACCCAACCCUUGUUUACCGGCUCUUGUCUUGACUUAAUUUGGGAAUCGAAACUGGACCAAGCGGAAUCAUUCGACCGGAGGCGAAAGAGGACCAAAACAUAGCAGACAGGGGAAUGACUGUUGUACUGGGACAAGAAGACUGGCUGUUUCUGAGUUUUUGUAGAUGGCCUCCAAAGACAUGGUGAUGAUAGUGUGGGGAAGAAAAUGAUUUGUAUGAGUGAAUAUCUUUUAGCUAAGGGUGUUUUUUGUUUUUGUUUGUCUCUUUUUUUUAUUUUUCUUAUGCACUGCCACAGCUUCAGCAUACAUAGAAUUUUUCAUCAUCUAGAUACAGAGCGGUCGUCUUGCAGUGUUAAUGAGAAAAUACAUGAUGAAUAGCAAAUUGCCUUCAGCUUUAAACUUGCUCAUUCACCUCCUCAUUGUUGAUUUAUUGCAAGCUCGCUGGGGCAAUGGGAGCUGACUGAAAGCAGACUGAAAUGACUGGGUCGUGCAGCAGAGCUGUAAAUGUAUUUGUGAGCACUUGUUGCUGCAGCCUGCUAAUUCCUGGGCAACAAGACCCAGCCUGGCUAAUGUGUCAGUGAAACAGCAGGAGCCUCCGGGGAGAUCAGAAGGAGAUGAGCUCGCCCCUCAAUCAGUUCACCAAAGUGUCAGUGUUGGCAUUCUCCUUAGUUCUAAUACGUCUAACCGCAGAUCCCUCUUGGAAAGAAGAAGAAAAAGUGACAUUUUUCAAACAGGUUCUGCUGGCGGGUCAGCAGAAUACAGAGGAGCGGAGGAGGAGCAGCUGAAUCCUGCUGGUUAAAACAGGCGCAGCUGCAAGGCCUCAGCCUUUGUGGAGUGAUGAGUCAUGCUUGCACUAUGUUAGCCCAUUCUUGGAAUUCUAACAAGAAGUUGUAUUUUUUUUUUUUUUACAUCUCAGAGCAAACGUCUUGUUCCUCAUUUUCUCCAUUUCAACAGGAUCUUUUUCUCUUUUGUUUUUUUUUUACAUAAGAUUACAAAGACAGCGCUGACAACGCAGUUUAUCUGAGAUGGAUGGAAAUUUAGAAUUGGAUUCAGACAAGUCUAUCACAUGUUUUAUAUAUCGAAUCGGCAAGAUUUUUAAAAAUAUAGCUUUUUAAAUAAACAGAAGAGCUGGUCUGCUCCAAAAUGACAGCUGAACCUUUCUUAUGAACCAUCUGUGAAUGUUUUUCAAUUUCUAGGGGAAAAAACAACCUUUUUUUUUUAAUUCAACUUUUAAAGGAACAUUUUAGCAUUUAAGCAAAUACAUGAAAUAGGAGUUAAAGAGAAUCUAAAUGUGAAAUGAGACUACUUUGUUCAUAUCUAAAUAUCUUAUUUAUGAGACUUCCAGAAUCUUGGACUGUAUCCCUUUUGAGGUGUCUUAUUGAUCUUGUAAAUAAAUACAGCAGUUGAUGAGGUAUAAUUUUUUUCAAGCAUGAAAUUUUAUAUUUUGUAUUUCUAGCAUACUAACUUAAGUCCUUAAAUCCAUCUUUGUGGCCAGAUUUGUUUGCAUCAUUUAAGUAUAUUCCCAGCCUUAAAUAUUCUUGCAGAUGUUUUGGUGAUGUGUUGUGGAGAAUUAAAGAUCAAUCAUGAACUGCUGUUGCUUUUAUUAUACUGAAUUAUACUUUUGUUUAUUUUACUGUUUAAAAUGUCUGACCAGAGGGAAUGUGUUUCUGCAAUUAAA